AUGCCCGAAUACUACACCGAGAUAAGAGAACCCAUGGCAUUCGACGUGCUCAAGCGCAAACUUAAGAGGAAGAAGUACCAGUCGCUCGAGCAGUUCAUGAAGGAUGUCGAUCUCAUGUUUGACAACGCCAAGUCUUACAACCAGGACGAGAGUCAGAUUUACAAGGACGCUGUUGAGCUGCAGGCCGAGGCGCACCGCCUGGCCGACGAAGAACGCAACAAACCCGAUACCGACUAUGUCAUGGACGAAGGAAGGAUCCCUCUGCCCAACGGCAUUCUCUACAACGGCGAGCUAUACAAAGUCGGCGACUGGGUCCACGUCCAAAACGCAAACGAUCUGACCAAGCCCAUCCCCUGCCAAAUCUACCGCACCUGGCAAGAUCCACAAGGCGGCCAGUGGGUCAACGUCUGCUGGUACUACCGCCCUGAACAGACGGUACAUCGCUUCGACAAGCACUUCCUAGAGAACGAAGUGGUCAAGACUGGCCAAUACCGCGAUCAUCGCGUGGAUGAGAUUGUUGGCAGAUGUUUCAUCAUGUUUACAACACGCUACUACAAAGGCCGCCCACGUCGCCAACCCGCCGAUUUGGACAUCUAUGUGUGCGAAGCUCGCUACAACGAAGAGAAAUUCAAGUUCAACAAGAUCAAGACGUGGGCCAGCUGUUUGCCAGACGAGGUGCGCGACAGGGACUACGAGAUGGAUCUGUUCGACAUGCCGCGCAAGAUGAGAAAGAUACCCAGUCCGAUUGCAUACCUGCUCAAGGACACUGACAAGGAGACCGACGACAUGCCCAAGCCUGAGUGGGGAGCGGAGAAUGCUCCUCCUAAAAUUGGCGCUGUCCACAGACGCCCUCGCGACCCCAGAGACUCUCCACCCCCAGAGCCAACUCCCUCGCCUCCGCCUCAGCCUGCUAUCGCUCAAUCUCAGGCUCGUCAGUCUCAGUCUUCACACAUGUCACCGUCCAUGCCGGCUGCUACCAUGCAAGCCUAUUCGCCCAUGCAGUCUCAGAUGACGCCCAUGCAAACGGCUACCCAACCCGUUCGUCCCAUGCAAACCAUGGCUCGUCCCUCGCACACUCCGGCUCCUGUCCAACCCUACACACAGAAUCACUCGGCCUCGCCCGCGCCAAUGCCUAGUCUGCAACGUGCCUCCUCUGGCCAAUUCAAUCCUGCCACUCCUCAGCACAUGACUGCAAUGCCUCUGCCUCGCACUGCUAGCCACCCCUCGACCUUCCAACCACAGGCUCCUGCUAUCCCACCAGCUCCGUCUGCCUCACAAAGCCGCUCAUCAUACCGCGAUCCCGUUCCUAUCGAAGUCUGGACGCUGCCCGAUGCAGCCAACGCCAGCAUUCCAUCUGAAAUCCGCGACAUGUAUCAAACAGACGAUCAGGGUCGCAUACUCUUCUUCUCUGCACCUCCCGUUCAGCUCGCCGAAGAGGCCAACGACCCCAACAAGAAUCUUGGCCACAGCCUCCACUACAUGGCCGAGAAGUCGCGUCGCACCCAAGAAAUCGUCGCCCGUCGCAAGGCCUACGAAGAAGGCAAAGCUGCCCUUGCCGCCAAGAAGAAGCGCCAACGCGAGAUUGAUGAAGAGACACGCAGUGCAGACUACGAGAACCAAAAGGCCAGAGCUCUUGCUAUGUUGAACACCCACCUCACACGCAGCACUGCCUGGGAGCUCAAGGCCAUGUAUGGUGAUCAAGAUUGGAAGAACGGUAUGGAAGCUAUGCUCGGCAAUCUGGAAGAGCAACAGAAAUUCGCCUCUCAGAGAAAGGUCCUGAUGGAGAAGAACGCUGCCCAGAGAGCCGCUGAGCAGGUUUCACUCAAGUCGAAUGGCGUCUUGUUUGACAAGGUUGAGGAUGGAUCCUUCUGA